CCGAUGACAUGGAGUGACUUCUUCCUUCCUGCCAUUACCCGCACCGCCGUCCGUCCAGCCCGCACCGAUCCGGAUGGCUCCGCAACGAAAGACACUCACUACUCCCAAAAAGACGGCUGCCAAGGGCAAAACAAAAACGGCCGACGGCAAGACAUCUAAGGGCACCGCACAGAGGACGACGCUCUCGGUGCCGAUACUUCGACUGCCCGCCGAGAUCAUACUGCUCAUCGACGACCUGCUCGACAUUCAAGAUCGGCUGGCCCUUGCACGAGCAAAUCGCCGCUUUCACUCACUCAUCAAUCCCGUCCUCUAUCGCGACAAUGUCAGGCUGGCGAACGCCUCGUCCCUCUUCUGGGGCGCCGAGCACGGCCAGUUGGGCACCCUCAAGCACGCACUGGCCGCCGGCGCCAAUUUGAAUACUCUGGGACCUCUACCGCGGAAGGCUGGCGACAGAGACGACGCCGCUCCGGGUAUUGAUAACACGGACAACGACGGCGACGGCGAUGCUGGAGCUGCAACUGACCUGUUUGAAGAAGCCGACCCGCAUCAACCACAAUGUACCGCGCUGCACCUCGCUGCCAAGAGCGGUCAUCGCGAGAUAGUCGAGUGGCUCCUCGACAACGGAGCCGACAUCGACGCACCGUCCUUCCGCGUUUGCGAUUGCCAGACCCUUAAAUCUGCGAGGCACCCUUCGCGCCGUCUCCCCGAAUGGCCUCGGUGGCACGCUCUACACACAGCCAUGUGCAACCAGGAACGGGCCGUCGCCGAGUUGCUGAUCUUCCGCGGCGCCUCGCUCGAUCUAGACGCAUCUCCCGGGCACAAUCAUACAGCGCUACACUCAGCCGCCGCCCACGGCCUGGUGCCAAUCAUCAAGCUGUUGGCGCUGAACAACAUCAACCUCGACGUCAACCAGCGUGAUGCCUGGGAUAAUACGGCCUUACACUAUGUGGCGGAAAUAUGGAGCCCGCGCGACUCUGCCGACAUCCGAGACACGAUUACAAAGCUUCUUGCUCUGGGCGCUGACAUUGAGGCUCAUAACGAUGUUGGCCACACUCCUCUACUCAACGCAUGUUUCAGAGGCAACUAUGCGGUAGCGCACCGGCUGGUCAGCAUUGGCGCCAACCCAGAUCCGCACCGGCACAUCCCCAACUUCCGAGACUACCGUCCGCUAUACUACUGCAUGCUGCCGCGCUCCGAGUUCUUCGACAUGGACGAGGCGCCCGUCAAGCACGACGAGUUCGAGGGCAACCGUGUGACGCUCAUCAAGGCCCUGGUCGACGCCGGCGCCGACGUAAAUGCCCGCUUCGACAAGCGCGGACAUCGAAGCCUGACACCGCUUAUGCUCGCCUGUGAGCUGGCCGAGCCACGAGCGGUCGCCGUGCUGGUCCAAUGCGGCGCCGAGAUUAACGCGCAGGACCGCAACGGGCGGACUGCACUGUGCUAUGCCGUGACAGUGAGGGUCGACCAUCGAGGAGAGGUGCCCGAGAUUGCGUCCAUCAUGCUGAAACACGGCGCCCGCAUGGACAUUGAAGAGGAGCCCAAUUGCAGUCCUCUCGACACGGCAGUCAAGCAUAUAAAGUGGGCAGACGACGAUGUGCUCGAAGCGAUGCUGAGCGUGGCGGACAAAACGAACUUUACGCAGGCGAAGCUCAAGGAGGCUCUGAAAACAUGCGCUUCGAGCGGGAACCACAAGGCAUUGAAGCUCCUGCUCGACUUUGCCCACCGGGUGUACAAGGUUACGGAUGCAGACGUGAAAGACUACCUAUGCCGCAUCAUCGAGCAGACGGACCCGUGGAACCAGAUUGAGACGUUUACUUGCAUGCUGGAUUUUGGACGGCAGGUCUACACCAACGAGAUGCUGCUUCUCAAGACCAUCAUGCAGCGGAACCGGGAAUUGAGCCUGGCCGUCAUGUUGCGUGGCGUUUUGGUCAGCGAGCCUAGAUUCCAUGGCGGCCAGACAUACCUGCAUCUCGCAUGCCAAUGGGGCGACACUGGGGUCAUCAACGCUCUCUUGGAGCGCGGGGCCGACGUCAACGUCUUUGACCGCGAGCUGCGCACACCCCUAUCGAUAGCCGUGAUGGAAAACGACCCUGCCACUGCCGUGGCACUAAUGAAAGAGGUCGCCGACCCAUUCCUCGUGCCGCCAGAUAAGCUUCUCCAGGAACUCUAUGACGAAGACGAAGAGGAGUGGCGCUUCGUCAAGCGCCGCUACCUCACCGCCUUUGACCUCGCCAUCCGCGAGGACCGCGUCGAGAUCGUCCGGGACAUGCUCGCGCGCUUCGCGCUCCCCGAAAUCCCGCCGAAAACAAGAUUCAGCUACGUCCACCGCGCCGCGCAGAACCCGAACCCGGCCAUUCUCAAGCUGCUCCUCGAGAAGGGCGCCAGCCCUGUCGGCGGCGUGGGCUGCCCCAACCCGCCGGUCGUGGCCCUGAUCCGGCGCGUGUGGGACCAACCGCGGCUGCCGGACAAUGCCGUCGCGCUGCUGCAGACGGCCAAGGUAAUGCUCGACAAGUGUGGUGACCAGACGCCGUGGGACCUGAUCACCGAGAUUGCCAUGCCAGAGGGUGAGGAGGAUCCGCAGAGGGCCGAGGGGACGGAUCAUGAGGAGUUCUAUGAUUGA